AUGGAGGAAAGUACUUUAGUACCAUCCGGCGCCAUAUACAAGCUUUACUUUAAGGGUAUAGUAAUCGAGGAAACGAGUCAGUUAUUGGCGGGAUUUGGGGUUGCAAUUUUUGACCAAGACGAUAAGCUCUUGUUUCAGAUGAAGAGACCAAUUCAUGGCUCGGACAUUACGGUUUUGGAGGCUGAACUUACGGCAUUGAAACAAGGACUAACCGAAACUAUGAAGUUGGGUCUAGAUCGUAUCUCAAUUUGUUGCGAUCAUGAUCAUAUUUACGAAUUGGUCAUGGGGAGAUCCACGCCGGAGCAAGAUAACAUUGCCAUGCUAAUGAAUGAUGUGCAACGCAUGAGACAACAAUUGAGAUAUAGUAAUCCUAUUCUGGUGACUAGAGAUCAAAUUAGCUUUGCUUAUAAGCUUGCAAUGGAAACAGUAGUUUCCGAGAUCAGCAUAUGUAUGCCUGCGACUUGCAGCAUCUGUUUCAAUAAUGUUUUGGAAGCUGAGAAGAUGUUUUCUGUUGCUAUAUGCGGUCAUCAAUUCUGUGUGGAGUGCGUGAAACAUUAUAUAGAAGUGAAGCUACUCGAGGGAGGUGUACCGAGAUGUCUUGAUUAUCAAUGCGAGUCUAAGCUAACUCUUACAAGUUGUGGCAAUCUUUUAACACCUAAACUAAAGGCGAUAUGGAAGCAAAGGAUCGAAGAGGAGUUGAUUCUUGUAGCGGAGAGAGUUUAUUGUCCAAACCCGAGGUGCUCGGGAUUAAUGUCGAAAACCGAGCUCUCUACAUCAACUGAAGAAGAUGUAAGUACUAGGACUUGUUGUGUUAAAUGCGGUGAACCCUUUUGCAUCAACUGCAAAGUUCCGUGGCAUAGUAACUUGUCAUGCGAUGAUUACAAGAGAUUGGGUCCAAAUCCUACAAAAAAUGAUAUAAAGCUAAAAGUUUUGGCAAAUCAGCAAAAGUGGAGUCAAUGUGCAAAGUGCCAACACAUGAUUGCACGUAUCGAAGGAUGCAACGUAAUAAUCUGCAGGUAUCAUCAUCGUUACAUUCUCUAA